CUAUUAUUUCGUCACUUAUCAUACCAUUGUACUGAAUCAUUUGAGUACUUAUAUUUUCAGCCUCUAGAUCAAUGCUAAACUUUGAGGAAAUUUGCCAUAGCACAAGCAACCAGCCAUUCUACCACCCUAGAGAACCUGAGGAAACCUUUGAUGAUCAUUAUGAUGAGUCCCUCCAUCAGCCAGAGAAGAAGAGGAGGCUCACUUCCACCCAAGUUCAGUUAUUGGAGAAGAGCUUUGAAAUUGAGAACAAGCUUGAACCUGAGAGAAAAAUUCAGCUUGCUAAGGAUCUUGGAUUGCAACCAAGACAGGUUGCUAUUUGGUUUCAGAAUCGGAGAGCAAGGUGGAAGACGAAGCAAAUUGAGAAGGAUUAUGAGGUGUUGAAGAAGAGCUUUGAUGUUCUAAUGGUCCUUUUGAGUUUGUUCCAUUAUUAG